AUGACGUCCUUUCAAAAUGUUCUUCCCCCAACUACACGGAGGUACAAAUAUGAAGGGUACGAUCAAUGCCUUAGGGUUUUGGACCAAGAGGUCGAGAGAGUGGAGCGUGAGGAAGAUACACACGAAGACGCGUACAACCCUUAUUCAAUUCUGGAAAUUGAUGAACCCUCCUUCCUUGAGUAUUUCGUAAAUUCGGAAGAGAGUCUACUGAGGAACUCAUGGGAAGUCUACGACCAUGUCUCCCAGUCCGUUCUGUUGAAAGCGUGCUCACUUGCCCACGCCGCCACCAUCGGAGCCUUUAAUACAAUCUUCAGUGCCUGGGCCGAUACAUCGCGCGACUAUAUCGUCUCUAGGUAUGGAGCAAGCGUCCGUGGUAAGACUCUAACCAAGAGGUCCGAGUUCUCCUGGAUGCCAUUAGGAAUGUCAAAUAUCCGAUCCGGGUGGCCAACGUUCGUUAGCGAGGUUGCAUGGUCGGAGACUAGCACAAAGCUCCAAGAAGACAUGAAGUUCUGGCUGGAUGACCCAGAGGGUUCCGUUAAUGCCGCUAUCUCUAUCACCAUGUCUGAGGAGAAGAUAUUAGUGGAGAGCUGGGCAAGGCGCCACAACAGCCCUCCGUCACCAAACCAAAGCAUUGAACUUGUCCGCAACCCCGGUGCAGGCUGUCCCCGGGUUAGCGGCCACCUUGAGAUCGAAUUUUCGGACGUCGUGUUGAGGGACAAGAAAGAUGGGGAAGCCAAUUUCGUUAUGACGCCAGCAGAUAUGAACGAGCUUGCACGUCACAUGUGGUGA